AUGUCUUCAAUCAGCCAAAAUAAUAGCAAUGCGUUACCACCAGAUGUCAUAUUAGAAACUCUUCCUUAUCUCUCUACUGAGGAUAUUAAAAAUUUGUCUUUAACAAAUAAGUACUAUCACAAAUUAUUAGAUUACAAGAAUUCAGAUACCCUUUGGAAAGAAUUAUACCACAAAAUUUAUGGUUCACCAUAUACAAAUGUCGAGCCAUUCCAAGGGAGAGGUUCAGAUACAUUUAAGUCUUGCUCUGAACAAAUUAUUAGCAACCUAACGUUGACCAAUAGUUGGGCAGAACGUUAUAGAUUAAGAACAGAAACGGCAAAAUUGUUAACUUGGGGUUCUAUUAAACAAGGUAGAUUGGGCUAUAGUGCAUCAUCGAACCCUUUUAUUAAUCCAUUAACAAACAAUUUUGCGCAUAGACUUGAAAAUACAGAUGAUGAUUCUUCGCCUUACAAUUAUAAUCCUGUGAGAAUGGCUAUCUGUCUUCCUACACAGGUCCCAUGGGAUUCAAACAGUGAUAACAUUAGAAAUAACAAUGAUAGUAUUGUCUCUGUUACUGGGGGUGGAUUUUCUUUUCAAAUACUGACGAAAUCAGGUAAGAUAUUCUCUACCGGGACAUCCUUUACAGGUGGAAUUAGGGGACCUGGGCCAAGAGAGGGUCAAUCUGAUUAUAAUCAGUUCAGAGAACUUGCACACUUAUUAGAAUUAAGCUUUUCACAUCUGACCAACCCAUCUAUACCACAUCAUGGUGCUACCCCCAUUAAUAUUCAUCGAACUGUAAGUGAUCAGCAGAACCUUACCAUAGGAGUCCCUAUAAUUGGAUCACCACAUGCAAAUGUGUAUCAGAAUUUGGAAGCACUCAAUAAGGAAAUUCGAGAAACAGCACCUGGAAAUGAAUAUUUAACAAGAAUGUUUCCCAGAGAAUCAUUGCCCCUAUACAAUAUGAACGAAGAUAAUAUUCUUCAAUUUGAUAAACAACUACUUGAUUCGGUGAAAUUUUCAGCCGUAACAUCUGGAAGAACUCACUUCUUAGCACUUUCUACCGAAGGGAACAUAUAUGUUUGGGAUAGCCCAGAAUCUAAUGAUGGAAUCAGAAUUAAAUUUAGAGACCUUCCAACAUCUUCUGUAGAUCCAAUUUUAAAAAUAGCUUGUGGAUGGAACUUUAACUGUAUCUACCAGUAUAACGUUGGUUUAGUAGUAUGGAGGGAACGAGAUCCUUUGAAAUCUGGAGAAACAAGUAGCUAUGCAUUGUAUGAGGUUAUUGGUGGAACGUCUCAAUCGAACGGCGCGGCUAAAAUUAUCGAUUUUACAUGUCUCUCAGAUAAAGUAGUGUUUUACAUCGAUGAAGCAGGUGAGUUCUUGUAUAGAUAUUCAAACAAAGUCACUGAAAAGAUAAAGACUCCAAUAAAACAAAAAAUUUCGAAGUUGGUAUCUUGUUUUAAUUCUAUUAUUCUAUUCACUGUCGAUCAUUGUUACUCAUUUAAGUUAAAAGAUAACCAAAUUGAAUUAGAAACAAUAAAAGAAUUGAAGGUAGAUGAAGGAAAUGAUGAUCAUAUAGUUUCUCUUUCUAGUGGAGAUUAUCACACAUUGAUUUUGACCAAAAAGGGUCAGAUAUAUGUUUCAGGUUCUGAAAGUCAAAUGUGCGGAUGUCUUGGUUUAGGAGUAUAUGAAGACCAACCGUGGGGUCAUCUUGAAGGGCGCAAUAAUGUUAUCGUAGAGACACCACGAAAGAUAGAUAUCGGGGAGGGAAAUAUAUGUGUUGGAAUUGCAGCUGGUGGCUGGCAAAGUUCUGCAAUUAUCGUUAGGAGAUCGUAA